UGUGGUACGGAUCAAAUGAGAGGCAUAUGCAAAACCACGAGUCGCUUGGUUGAGCGUUUGAUCAACCGUAGCAGAUGUCAGCUACGCUUGUGACUGCUGCACUUGACCGGAGCACCCUGAGGCCUCCGCGGCCACGCUCGCUGGGACCCUUACGGAGAUCUGUACUAUUUAUCGGGGUGUCAAAGGUCUCCUGAACACCGCGAUCGCAACACGAGGGCAUUAGGCUGCUUAUUUCACGCGUCCUGCAGACAAUGAUCAUUCCUUGAACCUCCCCAGUCGUCAUUCUCAUUUGCCGGCACAAUGUCUGCCGCUGAGAGUGACUCGCCGGAGGGUGAGGUCAACCCGCAUCCCGAGGUGCAAUCUCGGGGUGCCUCUGACAGUGUCCGCGAGACUGAGCAGCAGGAAGAUCUCGCGGACAAACAGUCUCAUGAAGAGGUUUCAAGUCAUGGAGUGACAAUUACAGUCGAAGACGCCGAUGCCGACGAACCAGAGGAGGAGGCAGCAGAGGAUGGCGCAUCUCAGCGCGAGACUCCAGUGGUGACCGAGUCACACACGGAACCGGAAGGGACUCCUAUACCCCAGGAAGAGGCUGAGGACACUUCUGCGGAAACGGUGCCGACGAGCGACCAAGUUCAGCCUGAGGAACAGCAGCAGGACGAGGGUACUCCGGCUGCCAUCCCAGACAAAGUUGCGCCUGAAACGCGUCCAUCGCGGUCCGAUUCACGAUCCACGACGGUAUCUCGGCCGCCGCCAGUCAACUCCACGGUAUUCGUUGUCAGUGCUUUGGAAACAAUUGCAGCGGCCAAGGAGGUGCGCAAGAACAAGGAGUUUGCAGACGCUGUUCAAGCAGCCUUGUCAAAUAUCAAGAAUACGGAGCAGGCGGUGAAUCCGGAGAUAAUUUUUCGACCAUUACAGAUGGCCACGAAGUCCUUCAACGUUCCGCUGCAGGUCACGGCUCUGGACUGUAUAGGCAAGCUCAUAAGCUAUUCGUACUUUGCGUUCCCCGUUGUUGCUACAAACCAGCCUGGCGAGGAAAACACCCCACCUCUAAUCGAGAGGGCAAUCGAAGCCAUUUGCGAUUGCUUCGAAAAUGAAGCCACCCCGGUCGAAAUUCAACAACAGAUAAUCAAGUCAUUGCUGGCUGCUGUCCUAGAUGAUAAAAUCGUCGUCCAUGGCGCGGGGCUUCUCAAGGCUGUCCGCCAGAUCUACAACAUAUUCAUCUAUUCCAAAGCCAGCCAAAACCAACAAGUCGCACAGGGUUCCCUCCUUCAGAUGAUUGCUACUGUGUUUGAACGGGUCAGAGUGCGGCUGGAGCUCAAAGAGGCUCGUCUGAGGGAACAGACCGAGUCUAAGGUUGGGGAAGCCCUUGCCGGUGACGAGCUCGACCAUCCCGAAUUGAAUGGUCUGAAUGGGCAGACGGAGACUCCAGACCAAGAAACUCCCCCUGCUCUCCCGGAAGGGGCGUCGAGAAGUCAUGAGAAAUUGACCCUCCAGAGCUUUGAGAACAACAAGACUCUGGAUGACGCAGUCGUUGCUGAUAGUGCACCGACAACCGUCACCCGGGCAAGACGGGAUCGCAAGAACACUCGCUCUUCGACUGGUCCUGUGACCCGCGAUAGCUUGCAUGAAGACCACGAUGACUCUGGACUGUCCCCCGACGACGAAGACGACAUCUAUAUCAAGGACGCUUUCCUUGUUUUUCGCUCUUUAUGCAAACUGAGUCAGAAAGUCUUGUCCCACGACCAGCAGCAAGACCUUAAAAGCCAAAAUAUGCGUUCGAAGCUCCUUUCCCUCCACCUCAUCUAUCAUGUCCUUAACAACUAUACUAUUGUGUUCACAUCUUCAUUCUCGACAAUCAAGAGUGGGAACAACGAUGAAAGUACGCCUUUCCUACAGGUCGCCAAACCACAUUUGUGCCUGAGUCUGUCACGGAAUGCCGCCAGUUCGGUGCCCCGGGUGUAUGAAGUCUGCUGCGAGAUUUUUUGGUUUUGCCUCAAACAUCUGCGAGUAUUGUUGAAAAAGGAACUCGAGGUGUUCUUAAAGGAAAUCUACCUUGCGGUGUUGGAGCGGCGAAGCGCACCACCUUUCCAGAAGCAGAUGUUCCUGGACAUUCUUGAACGAUUAGCAGGGGAUCCCCGUGCCCUAGUUGAAAUUUAUCUGAACUACGACUGUGACCGGACUGCUUUGAAUAACAUGUACCAAGAAAUCAUCGAGCAUCUCGCCCGGAUUUGCAGCACUCCUGUGAUAGUCUCUCCGCAACAACAACAGCAAUACCAAGAGCAACAAGGCAAACAAGCUGUGCCAUCGAACGAAUGGCAUGCGAAGGGGGCAUUACUACCUGGAUUGUCCACAGCAAGCCUAAGCCAUCCUCCUCCACCUCCGUCCUCAAUACCUGUUGAAUAUACUCUCAAGCAGCAGUCGCUUCGCUGCCUAGUAGAGAUCCUCAGGUCUCUAGACAACUGGUCGAGCCAUGCUGCCCCAGACGGCCAAAAUGGCACUCGAUAUCCAGCCUCUAGAGAAUCAUUUGAGGAGUCGAGAGAAUCGCUUGACUAUAACGAAAAACCUCCCCCGUCACCUCGAGUGCCUGGUCAUGGCAGCGAAUCGGGCGUUUCAACGCCGGUGGCGGAAGACGACCCUAACGAAAUCGAAAAGAUCAGAGAGCGCAAGUCGGCUUUGAAGGAGGCGAUCAGACUGUUCAACUUCAAGCCCAAGCGGGGCAUCAAGGCGCUUCUUGCUGAAGGGUUCAUCCGCAGUAAUACGCCGCAGGAUAUUGCGAGGUUCCUCUAUGGGAACGAUCGGAUCGAUAAGACAGCCUUGGGAGAGUAUCUGGGCGAAGGCGACGAGCACAAUGUGGCCAUAAUGCACGCGUUUGUCGACAUGAUGGACUUCAGCAAACGUCGAUUUGUUGAUGCCUUGCGACAAUUUCUGCAAAGCUUCCGACUCCCUGGCGAAGCCCAAAAGAUUGAUCGUUUCAUGCUCAAGUUCGCCGAGCGUUACCUCAGUGGCAACCCGAACGCUUUCGCCAAUGCCGAUACUGCAUACGUCCUCGCAUACUCCGCGGUCAUGCUGAACACGGAUCAGCAUAGCACGAAGUUGAAAGGCGCAAGAAUGACCGUGGAAGAUUUCAUCAAGAACAACCGCGGAAUCAAUGAUGGCCAAGAUCUACCGGCAGAGUACCUGGCCAGCAUUUACGAGGACAUCGCGACAAACGAAAUUGUCCUAGCAUCUGAACGCGAGCAUGCGGCGGAACUAGGGCUCGUCCCCCAUCCAGCUUCGGCGGGCCUGGCGUCAAGAGCUGGUCAGGUUUUUGCCAAUGUUGGCCGAGAUCUACAGAAGGAAAAAUAUGCACAGGCCUCGGAAGAGAUGGCGAACAAGACCGAGCAGCUGUACCGCAGUCUUAUCAGGGCGCAGAAGCGUUCUGCUGUACGUGAGGCACUGUCCCGUUUUAUCCCAGCGACGUCCGUGAAGCACGUUGGACCGAUGUUCAACGUCACCUGGAUGUCUUUCUUGUCUGCAUUUUCGAGCCAGAUGCAAGAUGCCCAUAAUCUCGAUCUCAUCCGGCAAUGUCUAGAGGGCUUCCGGCUGGCAAUAAGGAUAGCAUGCAGGUUUGACCUGGAGACGCCUAGAGUUGCAUUUGUAACAGCUUUGGCAAAGUUUACAAACUUGGGCAAUCUCAAGGAGAUGAUCGCUAAGAACCUGGAGGCGUUAAAGGUGCUCAUCGAGGUCGCCUUGACAGAAGGCGACGGCUUGAAGAGCUCGUGGCGUGAAGUGCUUAUGUGCAUCAGUCAGCUCGACAGAUUACAGCUGCUGUCAACAGGGAUUGAUGAGGGUGCAAUUCCCGAUGUCACGCGUGCCAAUAUACCGACGCCUUCCAACAGCAGUAAGGACUCGACUCGAGGUCGGCGGUCCAUGCAAGCAGUCAAACGCCCUCGGCCACGGUCUUCUCACGGCUUUCGACCAGAAGUUGCGGAUGAGACAAAAUCCACUGACAUGAUUCGUGGCGUUGAUCGCAUCUUCACCAACACUUCGAAGCUAUCAUCCGAAGCCAUCAUUGAUUUCGUGCGGGCCCUGAGCGAGGUUAGCUGGCAGGAGAUCCAGUCUUCAGGGAACAGUGAGUCUCCUAGGACUUACAGUCUCCAGAAGAUUGUGGAAAUCAGCUACUACAAUAUGACGCGCGUGCGGAUAGAGUGGACGCGGAUUUGGGAAGUCCUGGGCGACCAUUUCAAUCAAGUUGGCUGCCACAACAAUACCGCGGUGGUUUUCUUUGCUCUCGACUCCUUACGCCAGCUAUCAAUGAGAUUCUUGGAGUUCGAAGAACUACCCGGUUUCAAGUUUCAAAAGGACUUCCUGAAACCCUUCGAGCAUGUCAUGGCGAAUAGCAAUGUGGUAUCGGUCAAGGACAUGGUACUGCGAUGUCUGAUACAGAUGAUCCAAGCCCGCGGAGACAACAUCAGAUCCGGUUGGAAGACGAUGUUUGGCGUCUUCUCUGUGGCUGCAAGGGAACAAUACGAGUCAAUCGUUAACAUCGCCUUUGACUAUACGAACCAGAUCUACAGCACUCGGUUCGGUGUAGUCAUAUCCCAGGGCUCUUUCCCCGACCUGAUUAUCUGCCUCACCGAGUUCUCCAAGAACCUCAAAUUCCAGAAAAAGUCUCUUCAAGCAAUUGAACUACUCAAAUCGACGGUUCCCAAGAUGCUGAAGACUCCCGAAUGUCCCCUGUCCAGACGUCAUAUCAAAGGGGCGGAUUCAGAAAGCUCCGGCAUUGUUUCAGGAGUCAAACAACCCACUUCGCAGACGGAAGAAGAGCAAUUCUGGUAUCCUGUCUUGAUAGCUUACCAGGACGUUCUGAUGACUGGUGAAGAUCUAGAAGUGCGUUCUCGGGCUCUGACUUACCUUUUCGAAACACUGAUCAGAUAUGGCGGCGACUUUCCGACGGACUUCUGGGAUGUCCUUUGGCGCCAACUUUUGUACCCUAUCUUUGUUGUCCUUCAAUCAAAGUCGGAAAUGUCCAAAGCUCCCAAUCACGAGGAAUUGUCCGUCUGGUUGUCGACAACGAUGAUCCAGGCACUCCGAAACAUGAUCACCUUGUUCACGCAUUACUUCGAGUCAUUGGAGCAUAUGCUCGACCGCUUUCUAGAUCUUCUGACGCUCUGCAUCUGCCAAGAGAAUGACACAAUAGCUCGGAUAGGGAGCAAUUGUCUUCAACAACUCAUCCUUCAAAAUGUCACCAAAUUCACGCCAGAACACUGGUCGAGGAUUGUGACGGCAUUUGUGGAACUCUUCAACCGGACAACAGCGUACGAACUGUUUUCUGCCGCUGCUACCAUGUCUGACGCGCGGCCCACUCCGGCCCAUGAUAGCUCUGACGGUCUUUCCAUCUCCGGGACCACUAUUGUAGAGACACCGACCACGAAUGGCGAUCAGCAUUAUGACCAGGAAGCACCUGCUCCCCUUGCGGAGUCGCAAGCGGAACCAACAGCAACAACCACAUCUGAAGUCUCUCAGCCUCAGAUGUCGCCAGAGCUGGAAGACUACCGCCCACACUCGGACAUGCAGGCCACUGCGCCUGUUGUGACGGCUGCACGGCGGCGAUUCUUCAAUAAAAUCAUUACCAACUGCGUACUGCAACUCUUAAUGAUCGAGACUGUGGCGGAACUCUUCUCGAACGACUCGGUGUACGCGCAGAUUCCUUCAUCUGAGCUACUGCGGCUGAUGGCGCUGCUGAAGAAGUCGUAUCAGUUUGCGAAGAAGUUCAAUGGAGACAAGGAACUCCGAAUGGCACUUUGGAGACAAGGUUUCAUGCGCCAACCACCGAAUCUGCUCAAGCAAGAGUCUGGGUCUGCCAAUACCUACGUCAGCAUAUUGCUUAGGAUGUACCACGACGAAGGAGAGGAGCGACGAUCGAGCAGAGACCAGACGGAAGGUGCCUUGAUUCCGUUGUGUGCCGACAUCAUCCGCUCCUUCAUCGUGCUUGACGAGGAAACCCAACAGCGCAACAUCGUCGCCUGGCGACCUGUUGUUAUUGACGUGCUGGAAGGAUACACCAACUUCCCCAAGGACAGUUUCGACAAACACAUUGAUGUCUUCUAUCCGCUGGCCGUUGGCUUGCUUGAGAAAGAAGUCAAUGCCGACCUGCGCGCAGCCCUGUGGGGAAUGUUCCGCCGCGUCGGCGAGGUCAAGUUCAACAUGCCUGAGUUGGUCGUCUCCUCGCGUGGCCGCGAUGAUAGCGUCAGCUCGACCACGAGGAACGCCAGCGUCGGUGGUGCCACGCCCACGAGUCCCGGUCAGUCGGGCCGUACAACGUUCGAUUAUGCCACGAGCAACAAUAGUAGGAGGAGCAGUAGGGUCAGUCGGACAGGCGUUGCUUGAUGAAAAGCGGGAGGAUCUCUGUGGCAGUCGCUCUAACCGGCCGGUGCUCUUGUUAUGCUUUGAGGGCGAAGGAAAAAGAACCAUUCAAUUCACCUACUCUUGGGACGUCCCCUCGACCACUGUUUGGCCUCGUUGGACUUUUGAGAGAGUUGGAAUGCGUCUUGUCGAUGUGCUGUGCGCGAAUGAUGAUACACAUUCCAUGAGCUACUUCACUACUACUUAUUAUUCAUUGUAGUAUUCAACAUUGGUAUAUACGUAUCGGUGUCAAUGGUCCCUGUGGAGGAAAAAUGAAGGAGGCCUAUUGCCUUUGUAGCUGGCGUUGGAACUGCUUGCUGGACUUCAAGGGAUCGAAUCUUCUACAGACCCAAUGUCUGUCUGGGCUUGCAGUGGUAUAGCACAGUACAAAUCAAAAUCCACAGUUGAUGAUUGUCAAGUCAAAUACAGCUGCCAGGCCCAUUCAUUCAUCCCUCCAUACUAGGUACAGUACUUUCAUCCAAGCUGUCCGGACCCUUUAUCUCCUCUUCUCCAUCUGUCUGACCCCCCUUGACCACACGAACUUG